AAAUUGCAUCAAGAUUUCGACUAAAUCAGAGUAUUUUAAUAUUGGUUUUGUAAUAAUUACAUUUGGAAAUGCAUUUGAAUUUGCAAAUAAUCGUUUUGAUGACAAUAUUUGGUACAAUCUAUGGCAUAGUGUGUCCCACCGAUUACUGUCAGAGUGUGGACUGCGCUAAUAAUGUCACUCAAACUUCAUGUGAGAACCAGAAUGGCAUUUACACUGCCCAGGGCACUUUUUGUGGCUGUUGUCCUGCAUGUCUCACCAAAUUAGAAGAGGGACAGAGUUGUCGAGUAUUAGCCCUGAGAGGUGUGCCCCCGACAUCCCAAUGUGCUCCGGGUCUCAAAUGUGAUACCACUUCAGGAGUUUGUGUUAAGAUUUAGUAGAUUUACAAUAUUUACAAAAUAAAUGUUUGAGUAAAUA